AUGCUGCGAACAGAGACAGGCGAUCAGCGAGGCUGGGAAGCGAGUUGCGAGGCGGAUGCAGCUCUGCAACACCACCGCGCAGGGUGCAAUACAAAAGCGACCUUGGGGGAGGCUGCAGCUAAGCGCCUGCUGCCAGGCCUGCAUCCGGCCGCGCUGCAACAUAUCGACGCCAGAUACGGGGCUGCUACCUCUGCUCAGCUCGAGUUUGGCCUCUCUCCACCAUCCACAGCCAAUCCACAAUCGCUUCCGAUCCUCAAUCGUCCCAACUCGCUACCUCGACUUCGCUCGCCAAGCAUCCACACUAGUCAAGAUGGUAAGUUGUCGACCCUUUUCUCGCAGCCCGAUACGCGCGCUGGGCAGUCGCAACAGCAACGCCUACAGAUGCUCGCUUGCGCUUCUGCUCGCAUCUCGGAUUGGUGGUGCAAGUUGACUGACCAUGAUGGAUCGUUCUUUUGUCUCCGCGACUCUGCGCCCACCGACGACUUGCUCGCACCGCAGGGUUCCUGCAUGUCCAGUCCGUCUGACGGCAAGAAGAUGAAGCGCACCGACACGAACCCGGGCAAGAACAACACGGAGCUGCACCGCACCACCUCGUCCUACCAGGGCUCCGUCGCCGACGGCAUGCGCUACUCGGACCGCAACACGGGCGAGCGCGACCGUCUCACCGCCUCGCAGCUGCACAAGUCCAAGACGCUCGAAGAGAGGAUCAAGCAGGCAGAGCGCGAGAACAAGACGCGCGUAGGAUAG